UCCAGCAAUUCACAUCAUCUUUGGCUUUCCCCAUCAUGAUUGAUCUUCAAGAAUCGGCGAUUCGUAUUUGGGGUUCCACCAACCACGGAGAUGUAUUCAGAAAAAUGGUGAGAGCUUUCACGAGGAAUGGUCCUGGUCACGAGCCUCUUCAUUCUUGGGUCGCAACCGAUUUCCCCUACUAUAGAUCCGACCUCCCAUCCCCAUUGCCUACAACGGAAGAGAUUAUGGACAAAAACAACGAGAAUUUCAAUUCCGAUGGGGGCCUACCAGUGGUGCGGGUGCGUGAUUACGUGGUCAAAUACGCUGGUUCCCCCGAAAUACUCCAGGAGGCAGAGAACAUGCUAUUUCUUGAGAAAAAUUGUCCCGAACUCAAGAUUCCGAAAGUGUUCGCGGCUUACCAAGAAUUGAUAGAUAAUGAAUGGACGGGUUCAUUCAUCGUUACAGAAUACAUUAAAGGACGUACUUGCUGGACAGGUGAAAACCCGCCAUUAUCCCCUAAGACCAAAACCAAUGUAUAUCGUAAGCUACGCGAGCAACUACAACUCUUGAGAUCUGUCGUUCCACCUGAGCCUCGUUACUACGGUCGUGUCUACCACCAGCCCAUCAGCUGUAAGACCAACCUCUGGCUGUCAAAAUACGCUUCCGACGAUGUCUGGUACGGACCUUUCAACUCAUACCAAGAAUUCACUGAUUUCUGGUUCGAAUGCUGCUUGGAAAAUGCGACCCUGGACAGCUUGAACGACGAAGGAACAAGUACGACGUUCACCCCGAACGUUAGUCCGUACGUUGAAUACUUCAAGCCCAUCAUGGCGCGUGCCGGCGGACAGAAUCCCGUGUUAACGCAUGGUGAUCUUCAACUCCACAACGUCAUGAUGAAGGAUGUACCAGAAGGUGGAGACCCAGAAGAUCCGGAGAUUUAUAUCAUCGAUUGGGGCGGUUUGGCGUGGAUGCCCGCCUGGGUUGAGACAGCGAGGUCGCUCAUGAAGUGUGCCAAUGGCAGUAGGGAAUAUAUGGCUGAAGUUCACAAAGGGGACCCAGAACCACACUAUGACACUGCCAUGUUCAUAGCCAAGUUCAAUGAUGUCUGUGGUAAAACAGCUGGAGGGUGGGGAACGUUGGUUUGA